AUGAACGUCCAGGCGACGGAUCCGUCGGACGCUGCCCGGCUCCAGGCGGGACGUUCCCGCUGCCCACGGGAAGGGGCAGACACCGGCUCCAGGAGGUCGCGCUGCCGACUGCGGCUCCGGCACAGCCAGGCCAAGGCGAAGCUGGAGCUGAAGGAGCGGAAGGAGAAGAAGCCCAAGGUGGACGAGGACGAGAUCCAGAAGAUGCAGAUACUGGUGUCGUCCUUCUCUGAAGAGCAGCUGAAUCGCUACGAGAUGUACCGCCGCUCCGCCUUCCCCAAGGCCGCCAUCAAGCGGCUCAUCCAGUCGAUCACUGGCACCUCGGUGUCCCAGAACGUGGUCAUUGCCAUGUCCGGCAUUUCCAAGGUCUUCGUUGGAGAGGUGGUGGAGGAAGCACUGGACGUAUGUGAGAAGUGGGGAGAGCUGCCACCUCUGCAGCCCAAGCACAUGCGCGAGGCCGUCCGGAGGCUCAAGUCACGGGGACAGAUACCCAAUUCCAAAUACAAGAAAAUCAUCUUCCACUGAAG